GGUACAGGCAGCACCUCUUGCAUGAUGUGGUAUCAGGUGAGGCGGUGCAGCGAGCAUUGAGGAGUUGAGGGUCUUGCUAGCGGGGCGAAGACGAGAUGUGACUGGAACGUUGCGAUAUGAGAAAGUUGGCGGGAUGGCAGCAACAGCCUCCUCGCAGGCCUGCCAACCCGCCACCCGCCUCCACAACACAACCCGGAAAUGCGUCCCUCUAUGCAUAACAGUACCCAUGCGGCGAAUGCUCCCCAUCGAGUAAUGUACGCCCGGUAAGAAAGGGAGAUUCGUGAUUAUUGUUGUUUGUAUUUGGUGUGUGUGCGCCAGGUUGCCGCCCUGAGGCCCGGCGGGGUGGGUCGUGCUGCCGCAAUGUUGCCAUUUAGUCAGUGGCGCUGCGGUGAGGGAGUGAGGCCCGUGCUGCUCCGACCGCCGGCAGGAGAACACUGCACCGUUGCACGUCUGUAGGAAAAUUUACCCUGCACUUUCCUGACCUCUUCCCUCCCGCACUGUGCUGUCCUCGCAGUGAAGUAGCUUUUCACUAAUACAUAUUGGACGUACAUUUGCGAAAAGUGUUAUUCAGAGUGAGCAGUGCCUCGCGAGCCGCCCAAGGAAGCCCGACGCGUCAGAGGCGACCACUGCGUUGUGCCAUCGCUAAUCAGAGUAAUUAACCUUAAUUGACUUACCCGCACAAAUCACCUUCCCUGCAGGAGCCGCGGAGGUACGAGCCGCGGCAUCCCCUGCGUCACUCUCUCUGACACCUGCGUCACUACCUGUGCACUGAUAGAAACAAGAAAGCAGUCAAUACUUACGUUACUUUUUAUCGUUUAAGUGAAAGCCAUUUACACAACGCUGCGUACGUAGAGAGACUUGAAAGACAAAGCAGUGGGGAACGUUACCGCAACGACAUUCUCCGUUUUUUCACGUUGAGAAGUACAGGCAGUGUGAAGUGUGAGGCCAGUAAGGAACCAUCAUGGGGAAACUCACGCAGCGCUUGAGAGAGAAGGACAAAGACAAGGAGGCAACCAGCACCGGCUCCUCCACUGGCGCAAAUAAGAAUUGGCUACAUCCCCCAGAGGCUCUGCAGAAGGGCCACAUUGCUUACUUGGUGAAGUUCCUGGGCAGCACAGAAGUCAACCAGCCCAAAGGCAUUGAGGUGGUGAAGGAGGGGAUCAGGAAGCUGAAGUUUAACCAGCAACUGAAGAAGGCUGAGGGAAGCAAGACGCCCAAGGUGGAGCUGACAGUGUCCAUCGAUGGAGUCGCUAUACAUGAACCCAAGACAAAGCGCAACCUUCACCAGUAUCCCCUGCAUAGAAUUAGCUACUGUGCUGAUGACAAGGCAGAGAAACGCUUCUUUAGCUUCAUUGCCAAGGAGGCCGACUCUGAUAAACACACAUGCUUCGUCUUUGUUAGUGAUAAACUGGCUGAGGAAAUCACCCUAACCAUCGGCCAGGCCUUUGACUUGGCUUACCGCCGCUUUGUGGAGACGUCUGGCAGGGAGGUGGAGAUGCGCCGGCAGCUACUCAUCCUGCAAAAGCGAGUGCAAGGCCUAGAGGAUGAGAAUCAGACCCUCAAGACCCGCAUCACCCAGCUGGCUUCCCUCAAGAACAGGCCGGAUGUGGAUGAGUACAUGAGAGAAAAUAAUAUCUCUGACCUUUUGACGCUGAAUGGUGAGAGCAGCACUGACCCAGAGCCAUCGUUGGGGUCCCCUGCAUCCUCCACCUCCCUUAACCCUCCCCCCAUCCCACCACGCAACACUGCAAAGGGAGAAUCUAACCUCAUUGACAUCCUACCAAGCUCAAGUCCUGUCAUCUCAAAUGGGGUUAACGACGAUGAUGAUGACUUCAACCCCCGAGCAGAGGAACUGUUGCCUCCCACCACCAAUGGCCUCAAUGGCUCCACCACCACGGCAGAGAGUGAUGAGGAUGACUUUGAUCCUCGAGCUGAAGAGAAGAAGAAGCCUCCCACUUUCACUGUUGGCCCGGCACCUGAGAUCAACGGCUUCAGCCCCCCACCUCCUCUUGUCCCUCCUCCACGGCCAGCACGACCCCACGAGCAGCAGAACGGUCUGACAGAUGACAUUUUUGACACCAACAAUGAUCCUUUUGAUUCAGUAGCAUUCUCCUCUCAAGGCUCCAACAAUGAUGCCCUGGCACAGUUUAUUGAGAUGAAGGCUGGGUUCAGUCGAGGCCUCUCCUUUGGCACUGCUGAUGAAGACUUCACCCUGGAGAGUCUGGACCCACUCAAGAACUAGUGGCUCACGCCAACCCUUGAAAACUCCUUGUAGUAUAGUUUUCAUAUAGAUUUUGUGGCUCAGAGAACUAUGCUGAUUUUAAACUGAGUUUUAUAUAUGAGGAUCUGACAUUGCUUACUUUGAAAGUCCAAUGAGAUCAUUAUUAUAACACAUAUUCAAUAUCAUGUAUUUAGAUGUGCCUUGUCAAUUGUUGUCAAGGCCUUACAGUUUUACUGAGGAAAAUGUGAUGAAUUCCACUUAUCCUAGAACUAUGUGGGAAUAUUGUGGCCUGAUAGACACAACUAGGAACUGUUUGAUGCACAUGUACACAUCAGGCACAAGUGUCUUCAUGCCACUAAAAGCAGACCAGAAACAUUCCAUAAGUAUUUAUGAAAAACUUAUAUAUUCCAUACAUUUCAUAUGUAUUUUACAGCACUCCUGACUUUAGUAUAAGUAAAACAAGCAUUUCAUUCAUAAAUAUGCAUUGCAAAAUUUACCUGUACAUCAUAUUGUUAAUGAUGUAUGUACUCUGAUGUUUGCAACUGUGGUGAAGCAAAUAGAACCUGAACCUUUAUUCCUUUCAUACAUUCAUCAGUAGCAUUGGGAUUUCUCUUUUCAGUGUUUCUACCACAAUGUCAUGCUGCACUUAGGAGGUUUCUCUCCCUUGACACUGCUACUCAAAUCCUGCGUCAUCCAUUUGAAGGUGCAUUAAGAUCAGGUCACUGAAAAAAGGAGUUUGUCACUUAUUACAUUACGGUUUGAGUGUGCACCCUCAUGAAGGAUGCCUCACUUGUAGUCACUAAGAUAGAACUUAUAGCAGGCAACUCACUUCCAAAAUGAAUUGGCAGAAAGUGCCAUACAUAACAUGAGGUUUGCCUGUAGCUUAGAGGAAAGGUCGUAGCUUUUUUGUUGAGCUUCAGGGAGUGGUAGUGAUGAAGCAUUGUACAUUCCCUUAGUUAUUAAGGAAAUCAAGCUUGGUGAAUGUGGCAGUGAGACAGCUUCUGGCUACACCCAUAACUUAUGCAUCUCAUCUUCUUCAGUCACUGCACCCAUUGCUUCCUGUGAGCAUUCUGCAUGGUGGCACUGCAAGCAGACAUCAUUCAUUACAUUCUCCACUUCCAUGUCCUCGUUCAUUCUGUUGUGGCGGAGACUAAAUGUCACUUUUAAUUGUUCUUGCUUUUUUAUGUUGCUUUGAAUACUUUCAUCAGUAUUUUAUGCUAAUUUCUAUAAAGUUGUGAAUGUUUUAUGUAAAAUGAAUUGGAAAUACAAAAUUAUCAUCCAUUUAUAAAAUUAUGGAGCUAAUAUUUGAUUUAUUUAUGCAUACAUACACAUUGGUUGUAAAUGUAUUUUGACUAUACAUAUGCAUUUUAUGUUAAAGUAACAGCAGCGUUCAUGAACAAAUUAUCAUUAUUUUUCCAAGAGAUAAAAAAAAUCCAGACAUUUGUUAGUUAUGAGCAAGAUGAUGGGAAAGGAAACAGUGAAGAUUGUUUGUAGAGACAUCCAUACCAGUAAUAAUCAUUCCCAGGAGCACGAGAUUGUAUGGCUUAAUGUUUUUGUAGAGACGGCAUACCAUGAAUUUGUCACAGUAAUGUGAUGAAAUAACUUACACAUGCUGUAUUUAUUUUGCUUUAUGUGUCCUUUUUGUGUCUUGUUUCCUCACACUGAAUGUAUUGUGUUCUCAUCUUGGGUCUGUAAGCACUUCUGUGGUCAAACUUGAGUGACACAAGGCAACAAUUCUCUGAGUGCACAGAACAGAAUAGGGCAAGAAUGAUACUGAUAAAUUAUAUACAAUUUUGAUCUCUCUUGCUGAAAAAUGUAACUUUCUUUUUUUUAUUUAUUGUUAGUCUCAUUAAGCUAAAACUUAUAUAGAGAAAAUUAGGUGGAUAGCAUCUAAUUUUUCAUUUAUUUUUUUUUAUUAAAUAAUUAUACUUUUUUUCCCCACAAGCUGAAAAUAUGAAACCUGAUAAGUAGAUUUCACUAAGGGCUGCAUAGACUCCUCAGCCUUGAAUUUGCCAUUGCUUGCCUUAAUUCCUAAAGUUCAUGGCUUCCAUAGUGCUUCCAUUUAUCUCUAUGUCAUGGCACUAAUUAUAGCACUGAAAAUGAUGAAUAAAUCUCAUCAGCUUUCAAGAAUGAAGAGUUCUUGAUAUUUAGACCCUGCAGCCAUGCUGUUUGCUAUUUUAGCUACGUUGAAGUUUUGUGAUCAUAUUUACUUUGUUGCUUAAAGUGUUACAUGAUGUUUUAAAACCCCAUUACUGUAUUUAUGAUAGUCUCAUUUAGUUUGUACUUUUAUUGUUGACAGGGUGCAAGAGGUGAAAUGUGAAAGUGUCAGUGGGCUAGAUAGGGAGUGGCAGUGGGUCCUUCACACUGUGUGCCAUCCCUUGAAAAUUCCAGAUGGAAGGAGGCUGUAAGAGGAGUAGCCAGUAGGUGAUAAGGUAGACAGAUAGCUUGUCUAAGAGUCCUGCUGACAGGAAGUGUUUGAUUUACACUGAGUACAUUGAUGUUUUUAUCCUUUGUGUGAAGAAGGUUUGUGGAGAAGAUAUUGCUUCCUAGCAGUUACAGAAAAUUUAUUUUAAACCAACACUGGGUCUUUAUGCUGUCUGAGUGUGGUUGCAUUUCUUGAAAACUAUCACAGUAGUGUUGUUGAAUGUAGCAGACAUUUUUAAAAGCAGUUUAAUUAAGCACCUUCACACAAGAUGUAUUUAUUGAAUCCUAAUGUCUCAUAAAGUUUAUAUAAUAAUGUUUAUCAGUUUAUUAGUGAUAUCAGAGAAUAUAUUGAUCAAUUAGAUUAUUUAUGAGUAAUCAUCAAAACUGUAUUAUUAUUAUUUAUAUCUUAAGAUCAAAUCAUCCUCUUUAAGAUGUAAUAUAUGCAACUAGCUUUUUAAGUAAAUAUUAUUUGCUAUAUAUUGUAUAAAAAGAUAGUGCUUAUAGUAUUACUGUUGCUAUUGUUGGGCAUAUUAUUGCCUGUUUUGCAGUUGUGAUGAUCUGCUUAGCCCAUGCUGACUCUCUAGGGCUGCCCACUUAUCACAUAUCAUGGAAACCUGGUGCUGUUCAUAGGCCUAUGCAUUUGUUUUUGUUGACUGACAUCCUGAUUGUUGCCUGAUUAUUUGUCUUUUCUAUAUUGACAUUUCAUUACAUCAGUGAAAGGUCAGUGGCUUGAGGUGAAGUGUGUCCUGGCAGUCACAAUGUGUGUGUGUGAGAGAGAGAGAGAGAGAGAGAGAGAGAGAGAGAGAGAGAGAGAGAGAGAGAGAGAGAGUGCUUACUUCUAUGUGUAUGAGGGUGAUGGCUAAUUGUCAUGCUUGGAAAGUGUUUAAUACUUAAGCUGAUCAUAUUAAGUUUAAUCAGUAGUGAACAUGUAGCUGGUUGCACAACAUAUUCACAAAUACUGCUGUUAGUGUACAUAAAAUUGUUCUUUUUUUCUGUAUUUUUAUAUAGUGAGAAUCUUGCCCUCAUGUAUUUUAUGGGAAGAGAUGCUGAAAAUUAUCAAGGGUAUUGCUUGGAUAAUGGUAAAGCAUGAAGCAGUAUAGAUUCCUGUGCUCCUCCUCCUAGUUGUCACAAAACUGUCUUUCCAAAGGAGUAUCAGGUCACUUCCAGAACUAAAAUUAAGGCUGGUUUUUUGGAUACAUGUUUUCACAAUUUGUGGAGCUAUGCUUUAUGUAUGAGCUUUGAGAUGUUAAAUUAUUGAAUAUUUUUAUUCUCUCGUCCCAUUAGCCAGACUUAAUAUGUGUAAACAAACAAAUGAUGUGAAAAAGACACCAAGAAUGUGUCUUUGUGCCCCAUGCUUGAGGGCAGUGAGCCUCAAGGUGACCCUGUGCAGCCUCACCCUCCCAAGAGCACACUGCACACAGGCAUUAAUGAAAGUGUUUGUUUUAGUUAUAUUUUGCUGUGCAGCACACCCAUUGCUUUAAGGUAAUACUGCAGGCAAUGCUGGCUUUGUAUUCCUCCACCAAGGCUUUCACUGUGUGCAAGAUAAUUCCUCCUCUUUCAUUUUCACAAUCAGGGCUCAACAAACUUAAAAAGUCAAUGCACCACUCAAGUUGCAUGUCUUAUGUUGCUACAUUAAUAGUAGCAUUUGUUUAGAAAUUUGAGGGUAGUGUAUGAUAGUUAUUGGAAAUAUUUCAGUGUUGGUGAUGACAGACAAUCUGCUAAAGGACAAAAUUGGCCCUGACAAAGAUAUAAUGUGUGAUUUCAAAUACUGGUCACAAAUCUCAUACACAGUUUCUUAUAUUGUAAUCUAUUCAACAGAAAAUGGUCCCUGCUUCACUGUUUUCACUGCCCAGUAGUUGAAUGUGGCAUACCAUGCAGAUAACUGGGUGGUGAUGGACAUGAGUGAGAUGUGAGUCAUCCAAUACUAAAUGUCACCUCAGUAUUCAUAAGCAGUGCCGUAUGACCCCGUUGUUCUGGCACAUUCAGGAAAUCAAUUGAUUAUCAUAAUCAAGAGACAAGAUUACAUCUCAUAAUUAUGACUCGGAAAUAAGACAAUGACCCAUUUCACCAAUGGGUCAUUCACUGUUGUUGUUGGAAAUUCCCACACAACGAAGCAAGCAGACCUUACAGGAGAUUUGUAUUGCGUAGCACUUUUCAUGACAAAUUUAUUGCAUCUUUUUUACUUUCAUGAGUAAGCUGAGCUGGGCGUUCUACACAUUAAUUCACGGCAUAACACGUUAAUUUUGUCAUAUUGGGAAGUAUCUGGAAACAUUUUAUCCUCCAUUUCCUCAUACCACGUGCAGUCUGCAGUCAUUUACAACAUUCCACGAAGACCAGGGGCCACCAUUAGGCUGUUACACCAUUACUUCAGGGUAACUGUGAUGUGUGCGUCAACUCUUCAGUACUGUACUUUAUUUGCAGACCCGACCCCAUUUUCGCAUUAUCAUUAUUUGUUACUCUUUUGUAUGUCUUUAUCUAAUUUGUUAUUUUUUAUCCAGAUAAUAAUAUAAGAAAGAGGAGAUUUAUACUCACUAACAAUAGUUUGUAGUGUUUGUAAAUAAAAUGUAUAUAGAUA